AUGUCUUUUCACGCGAACGCGGCAAAAUCGACCCCAUCCGCCAUGCCCCAUGAUGAUGGCCUAACAGACCAGCGAAAAAUCGAGUUCCUAGUUGGUGAACACGAGACGCUGUAUACCUUUCCAUUAGAACUCUUUACCGAAGAAUCCACCAAACUCGCCGCAAAAGCAGAGAAGGAGGCGGGUGAUCUCAAGGAUACAUUGAGACAUUGUACUGAGAAGACUUUCGGUCGUCUUUUUCAAGCCCUCACGAUCCUUGACUAUCGCGAAGAGGUGCCGGCCGACAUCCUUACGAAGGAAACAACAGACGCCCAAGAAAAGCCCGUCUUGGUUAAAGAAGAAGACAACCGCCGUGAUGGUUCGACUGUCAACAAAGACCACCUCAAGCUAGUCGUUCCUGAUAAACUCCCGUAUUCCAUGGCAUCAUACAAGGAGCGAUGGAAAUCUUUCGAAACUACAGGAUCAGAGCCUUGGUCCCUCGAUGCGUACAAGCACGGACUCAGAGUUACCGCCAUCAACUCCUUUCUUCGGCCACUGCGGAGCUCAGGUUACCCUGGUGGCAUGGUAUGGGAGCCCGAUGCAUGUGGAGAUGUUGGCAAGUCGUAUUUUCCCGUAUUCAUGAGUCAUUUUGAGCUAUUCAAAAUCGCAAAUGAAUUAGGACCCGGACUGAUCAGUGAAAUGGCCUUAUAUCGUCUCAGAGUCAGACUGAGUACAUAUGUGGUGCAUGAGGUUGCGUUUCCUGACUUGAUCCGAUUUACCGUCGAAGUAUACAAGACCACGGCACCAGGCAACCCGGCAAGAGCCAUCAUAUCGAACUUUGUUGCAUGUUUUCAUCAACACAUGUUUCAUUAUAAGGGCUUCAUCACGGCCUUGAGGGAGGUGGACGAUCUUUUACUGGAUGUCCAUGGUUACUUUGAUGAGAAGUAUUCUCCAUCCACUGCCCUGCGCGCGAAGAGGCAGAGAACCAAGUAG